AUCAGUGUUGGAGACUCGGACGCGGAAGAAGAAUCAGCCUCGGAAAAGGAAGAAGAAGCCGAAAUGAAAGCGGCGCCCCUCCACACUUGUUGAUCCAGCUCCUCUCCGGACCUGACAGCGGCUCUCAGCGGCUCCUCAACCCAGGUUCUGGCUGUCUUUCUCCCGGAUCUGGAGCCGCUGUCUUCGGGCUGCAGGGCUGACUGACUGGUGGCUGAAAACAACAUCAUCCAUCCCCGUCUCGGACUUCAUCCUGCCGCGGACACACUCCGCAUGCAGCUGUGCCGGAUCGAUAUUUCAUCAUUUAUUCAUACCGCUUCCUCCCGGGGAGCUCCGGGAAGCCGGGCGGGCUCGGCGCCCUCCGCUCCGCCGCUGGGUGGCACCGCUGUCUCCGGGCGGAGGGACUCUGAUCUCGACCGUGUGAAGACGGCGUCGAAAAAUCCAACAUUACCGUCUCACCGAAGCUCCAGCAGCAUGUUUAACAAGGUGAAUUAAUAUUCGGUGAAUAAUUCAGGGGUUGUGUUCCGCUAGCUGAGGCGGGAUUCUCGGGGAGCUACACCGACCUCGGCGCCCCUCCACCGGGCAGCACCGCUGGCUGUAGCCGAGGGGAUGUCUCUCCAGCGGGGCACAGCUACGCCACGUUUACCGUUAAACUAAUCUCGUCUGAAUCACAAAGUCCUAACCCGGCGGCCCGCCCGUUAUUUUUGGACUUGGAUAAUUAGCUUCCGAAGCACGGGGAAACUCCAGGACGCACGCCGAGCACAGCGCCCUGUGGCCGGGCUGCGGCGCUGCGUCCGGCCCGCUGGGAUGCCUCUCCGCUGGGGCUGGAAUACUCUCUAAUCCAGGCUUCCCUCCAGCAGAGCUUCUCCUCCCCGGGUUGUGAGACUUUGUGUCGGGUUGGAGAUGGCUGACUCCGGCCGGCCCCGACCGGCGGAUCCUGACGCCGCGGACAGCCGGACAUCGAGCCCGCUGACCGGGAAGAAGAGGGCGCAGCAGUCCCCCGGGCUCCGGCCCAAGUACCAGAGCUCGGCUCCGGGACACUGCUUCAGGAAAGUCACCCUGACCAAGCCGACCUUCUGCCACAGCUGCAGCGACUUCAUCUGGGGGAUCGUCGGCUUCCUGUGCGAAGUUUGUAACUUAAUGUGUCAUGAAAAAUGCCUGAAGACGCUUCGGACCGUUUGUUCCUGCAUGACUCCGUCCUCCAUCCAGGUUCCGGUUGCUCACUGCUUCGGUCCCACCGGUCCGAAGAAACGUUUCUGCUGCGUCUGCAGGAAACCGACGGAGGGAAACUCGGCGCUGCGCUGCGAAGUUUGUGAGCUCCACGUCCACGCCGACUGCUCCGCCUUCACCUGUGCCGACUGUCGCAGCUCUCACCUGGACGGGACUCUGGAGCUCCAGGAUACGUUCCACCACCACUGGAGGGAGGGGAACCUGGCGUCGGCGUCCAGAUGUGAGGUUUGUCGACGUUCCUGCGGUUCGUCCGACGUCCUGGCAGGGAUGAGGUGUGAAUGGUGCGGCAUCACGAGUCACGCCGCCUGUUACCUCAGCGUACCACCAGAGUGCACUCUGGGUCGUCUGCGCUGCAUGUUGCUGCAUCCCAGCUGCGUCCGACUCGACUCCAGAAACUUCAGCAAGAUGCACAAUUAUAGAAUCGCAGAGAGCUGCAACCAGGACCUGGAUAACUCGGACGACGUCGAUUCUUCAGCUGCAGUUUCUAAAGAAAACCAGUCGACUGCUGCAGACUCAGGUAAACAGUUUCUGAAGGUGUUCGAAGGCGACGAUGCCGUCAAACGAGGUUUCUUCCGACUGGUCUCCAUCUGUCGCGCCACCAGGAAUGAGGAAGUCGUGGAGGCGUCGCUGCGCUGCUUCUUUCUGCCCGGCGACUCGCAGGACUUCCAGCUGCAGGAGGUCGGCGGGAUGCAGCGUCUCCAUGGCGACGACAUCCUGAACCGGAACGGCGGCUCGCUGAAGGAUGGAGGAGAUGCCUGGAUGCUGAGGAGCAAACCCAGAGAUGACGACGUCAUCCAGGUGUUCGCCGGCUGGGCCAGGUCGACGUCUGCGUUUGUUUCCAUCUCAGGAAGCAGCACGGCAGCUUCAGUCGUCUCUGAGGUCCUCAAACACCUGAACAGACAGGAUGAAGACGCGUCAAAUUUCAGUCUGCUGGAGGUUCUAAUGAGCAGCAAACAGGUUCAGAGACAAACUCUGACGCCUCACGAGAAGAUUCUGGACAAACUGCAGGAGAUCAGGAAGGUGUCCCUGCGGCAGAUGAACCAGACCAGGUUCUAUGUGGUCCAGAACCGGAACCGGACGGUGCAGGUCGGCCUGCUGGUCGGAGGACUGCCCCCCCUGCUGGCCAAAGAGGAGUACGUCCAGCUGAUCCAGGAGAACCUCGACAUCAAGAGUCACCUGGUGUCUGUGAGCCACGUCUACGGCAGCCAAGGAGCCGUGGCGCUGCAGAUCUCCUGCUUCUCCGAGGCAGAGAGGAUCUACAUGUUGGCUAAAGACACGUCCAUCAACGACAAGCCGCUGUCCUCACUGGUCGUCCCGGAGAUCCUGUGCAACCGGCUGGGAGCCGACAUCUGUCCACUGCUGGUGUUCGUCAACCCGAAGAGCGGCGGCCUGAAGGGCAGAGAGCUCCUCUACAGCUUCAGAAAGCUCCUCAAUCCUCACCAGGUCUUCGACAUUUCUAAUGGAGGGCCGCUGGCUGGCCUCCACACCUUCAGGGAGGUUCCUCGGUUCCGGGUUCUGGUCUGUGGUGGCGACGGGACGGUCGGCUGGGUUCUGGGAGUCCUGGAGGCCGUCAGGCACAAGCUGGUGUGUCGGGAGCCGCCGAUCGGAAUCGUCCCGCUGGGAACAGGUAACGACUUGGCUCGUAUCCUGCGCUGGGGAACCGGCUACAGCGGAGAGGAUCCUCACCACAUCCUGGUGUCUGUGGACGAGGCCGACGAGGUUCUGAUGGACCGCUGGACCAUCCUGCUGGACGCUCAGGACAUCUCUGAGGACGGGAAGAACAACGGAUUCCUGGAGCCGCCCAAGAUCGUCCAGAUGAACAACUACUUCGGUAUCGGCAUCGACGCAGAGCUCAGCCUCGACUUCCACCUCGCUCGAGAGGACGAACCUGACAAAUUCACCAGCAGGUUCCACAACAAAGGUGUUUAUGUGAAGGUUGGCCUGCAGAAGAUCAGCCACACCAGGAGUCUCCACAAGGAGCUGCAGCUUCAGGUGGACGCCCAGAACAUCCCUUUACCCAACAUAGAGGGGCUGAUCUUUCUCAACAUCCCCAGCUGGGGUGCUGGUGCAGAUCUCUGGGGGUCGGAGGUUGACGGUCGCUUUGGGAAGCCGAGCAUCGAUGACGGGCUGCUGGAGGUGGUGGGGGUCACCGGGGUCGUCCACAUGGGUCAGGUGCAGAGCGGCCUGCGCUCAGGGAUUCGUAUUGCUCAAGGGAACUACAUCAGGCUGACGGUAAGCAAACCCAUACCUGUGCAGGUGGACGGGGAACCGUGGAUCCAGCCGCCGGGUCACAUCAUCAUCUCUGCUGCUGGACCGAAGGUUCGGAUGCUGAGGAAGUCCAAGCAGAAGCAGAAGAAGUCUUCAGCCAACACAAGGGACGGACGCUCGGAGAGUCCUUCUUCCAGAGACGGAGGACACUGAUCGGCUCACCUGUUCAUCUGUGUCCUGCCUUUACCUGCUUCCUGUUGCACCUGGGAGGCCAUUUUGGGGGCAGCAGCCAGCUGUGAAUUCACUCAUGUAGCUUUGUAGCAACACUAGCGGGCCACAGAUCGACCCGAGGACUGGACCCGAAGACUGGACGAGGUUUCACUUUUAACGGUGGGAGGGAGUCUUGGAUCAACACAAGUCGGGUUUGCUUUUCAUUCCUGCUCUCCAAGCGCUCAGCAGUUACAGAAAUCUCAAUAACUGAGGUCAAUAUUCCACUCCAAACACAUACUUUUAUACCUCCAACAUUAACAAGUACUGAAUCCAUUCACAGCACGUUUGUCUGCAGAGAUUGGGAAAGAUUUAAUGUUGCGUUUUACAGUUUCUCAGUAUGAAUAAGCUUUGAGCUGGAGCAAGAAAAAACCCAGAGAAGUAUUUAACGGAGGUUGUUAAAUUCCUGUCCAGAUGUGACUGUAGAUGUGCCGUAAGUAGCAGUAGACUCUGUGUCAUCUGGUGUGUCGUUACAAGUUUAGUUGUGAAAAUUAAUGUGCAGCUAUAGAAGGAUUGUGACCUCAGUGUUGGUCGUUUUGUCAUCAGAAAAUAUGAAAAUACUAAAUAGUGAAGCUCUUCAGAUGAAACUGACGAGCAGUUUGUAAAGAAGCUGCUGAUGUUUAUCUGAACCAGAGAUCUCCUGGGAACUGCCUUCUUCUUCUUCUUCUUCUUCUUCUUCUUCUUCUUCUUCUUCUUCUUCUUCUUCUUCUUCUCGUGUGAAAUCCUUUGGUCACGUCGGCUUUACAGACAUCAGGAGACAUAAGUCGCGUUGCGGCGAAGCUCCCUGAAGCUAAUGAGGGAACAAACUCAAACAAGGCACCUCUGAUUGUGUGAAACCACAGUGACCGCUGUGAGUCGACGCGUUGAUUAAACAUGAAAGUCAGAUCAGUCUGAGCUGAGUUACUGAAAUACGACGGUGAAGCCUGGAGCACAGUUUGUAUUUCUACACAGCCGGCUGUAUUCACUACCCGCAGAGUUUAACCCUCCUGUUGUCCUCCUUUACAGGCACCAAAAAAUAUUGUUUCCUUGUCUGAAAAAAAUCCAAAAAUUCUGCAAAAAAAUUCCACAAAUUUCUGAAAAUUUGCAAAACCUUCAGGAAGAAAGUAUCAAUAAUUCCUUGAAAGUUUCCCUUAAAAGUUUUAUUUUUUUUUAAAAUACCCCAAAUUUGGCAAGAAAAUUCUUGUAAAUAUUUUCAAAAAAUUAAUAAAAAUCUUUCAAAAAAAUCCUAAAAAUAUCGUGAUUACAUAUAUAUCAGUAAAAAACUUCUGAUGUUUUCUUUAAGAAAAUUCACCAAAAAAUACACCAAAAUCCAAAUAAAUUUGCUGGAUUUUGGUUGAUUUUUUUGUGAAUGUUCCUAAGAAACAUUUUUAACAUUUCUUUUUUUCCACCAAAAAAUGUUCAGAGAUUUCCCAAAAAUGUUGAAAAUGUGGACAUCAGAAGUUUCACUGUGAAAAUAUAUUUUUUUCCCACAUUUUCAAACUUUAAAACGGGUCAAUUUUGACCCACAGGACGACACGAGGGUUAAAGCAGGUUUUACUUUGGCUUUUUAAUCAUGUUUCAUCAACCAAUUUUCAAUUUUUAUCUUGCAAUAAUAUUCACAACUAAAAAAGUAAAUUUAUUCUGUUUAUUCUGUUGCUGAAAAUGAGAAAAACAAGAAACUAAAGAAAGAGAAGCUGCAAAGUUGUAAAUUAUUUAGGAAUAAUGUGUCAAAAAUGACCAAAUUAACAUUUAAUAAUGUUGUUUUAAUCGGCACAAGGACAGCAAUUUACUAAAAUCAUGGAAUACUCGGUACAUUUAAAAUUUUCAGGGUUUUUCUCAACAUAAUCUGCCUGUUAAUAUCUGAAAUAAAGAGCUGAACCUGCCCUGAACUGACGUUUUACCACAAUAUUUCUUAUAAGAAGGGCAGGAUAAUAGGUAAAUAUAAAGAAACAGAUGAUAUUUCCUGAAUUUUUAAGGUUAAAAUCUCCUUUUUGAAGACAAACUGCUUCAGCUUCACACUGUUUUCAGUUAUUUUUCACAGCUGGGACGUCUGACUAACUUCUUUCUGCCUUUUCUAACAGCAGUUAUCUGCUUUUGUUGUUGAAUAAGUGCUUUUUCUUGGUACUAGUUAAUGAAGGCGUUCUUGCAAGGAGAAGCUAAAUGGAAUCAGUAAUAAUGGAGGCUGUAAUACUGUAAAUACUGGAUUUAAGAGGUGAAGCUAACUGCUAGUAAUUUCGCUCCUGAAGAACACACCAAGGCUCAUAAGGAAUUAUCUGAACUAUGUCUCCAAACACUGAAACUUCUCACAACAUUGUUAACUUUACAAGAUUUUUAGCUAAUUUUAAGCUAGCGUGCUAGCGUUUAAAAACAACUCUUAAUUGCUAAAUAUCAAUUCAAAUUGUAAAAAAAUGUGUAAAUCAAGGUGAUCAUUUUACUGAAAUGGGAGCAAAUUGUGUUAUUUAGUUGUGAUUGCAGAUAAAACCAGAAACUAGCUACAGUACUAGCUCAGUUUAAGUAGCAAUAGCUUGACAUGCUAAUCAGCUAGCUUACAAGACAGCUCUGCAGCCAAAACAAAACUUCCUUCAAAGCAUUAUUUGAAGGUUUACAUUUUCUUUCAGUUAUUAAUUGCUAUGAAAAUUACAAUGUGCUACUGCAGCUGUGUCAGUGGGCUAACACGUAACAGCUGAAAAACGAAGCUAGAAACCUAGCUCAGUGUUAGCUUCAUCAGCUGGAUACUAAGUUUACCAAAACUACAUUUUUACAAGAAGAAAUACAAUAAUGUGUUCUGGUCACUGUGGGAUGCAGUUACAGAUAGCACCAGGAACUAGCCAGAUCACUAGCUAGCUAAAUUAAGCUAGCAAUAUUACUAGCUUGACAAGCUAGUUAGCUAGUUUACUAUCAAGCUGAACUGAGCAAAUAAAACUUACUUAGUAGUGUAAUGGGGUUUAAAUGUUUAGCUACUACUUUAGUUGAUAAUUACAACAAAAAUCAGAGGUUGUUACUGCAGUUUUAGCACUGUGAUUACAGGCAACAACGGAAACAUAAAGCUAGAAAACUAGCUUAGUAAGAGCUUGGUGAGCUAGUCACUAAGUUAGCUUACCAAAACAAAAUUUAAAACAGAAAAUAUUAAUUUUAGGGAAACAAAGAAGUAGACGGUAGAAACACCAGAUACUAGCUAGAAAACUAGCUACAUCACUAUCUCACACUAAACUGUAUUACCAAUAUUACUAGCUUCACAAGCCAGUUAGCUAGUUUCAAAGAAAGCUAAAGUAAAAUUCAGGCAUAACUAAAGUAAAAAAAAACAUUCUUUUUUGUUUUGGAGUACAAAUUUUAAAAAUAUGCAAACCAAGGAAAUAAAUUUACUCACAAAAUGCGUUACUGUGAUUGUGGGACUGUGAUUACGCACAACAUCAAACCCUGGCUAAACUAAGCUAGCAACAGCUAGGUCAGCUAGCCAUCUAAUGUAAAAGCAAGCCAGAUGAGAAAUUAAAACCAAAUUUAAUUUGUAAAGGAAAUUAAGUCGAAACUAGGAUGCAACUAAAACAUAUGCAAACCAACGGUAUAAAUUUACUAAUAUGUGGGAAGGAAUUGUGUGGUACAAUUACAGGUAGUUCCAGAGUAGCUAGCUAGUAGCUACAAAAAACUAGCUAUAUUGCUAGCUUAAAUCAAUUAGCAAUGUCUCGAUGAUCUACUUAGCUAGUUUACAAGGAUGCUGUAACACCAAAACAAAGCCAUUUUUCUGUCAUUUUUUGUACAGUUAACAACAAAUAUGAAGAAACUAGCUUGGUGCUAGCUGAACAAGCUGGUUGCCAAAUUAGCUAACUAGCACGCCAAACUGAACUUAUUGUUAGACAAGUAAUUAAUUAGUUUUAAUUAAGGUAAUUCACAAGUAUUAAGAAUAUUUGGGGGAAAUGUUGAUCUCAGAACAGUUUUUUGAAGAAAUGUUUUUCAGUUGAGGGUGAAAAAUGGUCGUCAGUUAAACAGGUGAUGUCGGGUAUAAAGUAGUGAUGCCGUGAUAUUUUAGGUCUUUGCACAACGUGCCAGCUGAAAGUCUAAAACACACUUUUUUAUAUAUUAAUUUGUGAUUGCCUGCGUUGUUUGACAAUGUAAAAUUGCAAAUCCUGCAUCAAACCCAAACUUAUUUUAGCUGCCACGGUUUCAUCCAAACACCACGAUUAGGUUCAGACAAAUUAGUGUAAAAACGGUGUGAACUGCUGUCAUAUUUUCCUCAUUUUGGUGACUGUUGCUCCUAAAACCUUAAAGGACAGAAUCAGAGACGAGCUCCAGCUACCACUUUAUUUCUCAGUUGCCUCUAACUGGAAGGAUUUUCUGAACUUCGUCCACAUUCCCAGAGAUUAAAGGACAGUGGGAUGUUGUACUGAAAGUUCCAGCUCACCAUGUAGCCUCAACAGUAUUUAAACUGUUGGCUGUAAUGUUUUUAAAAUCUGCAUUAAAUGGUUUUAUUUUUGAUGUUUUUUGGUGCUAGACGAUGACAGUCUGUUGUAGUUCCCUACUUAAGAGUCAAGGAUCCACUUGUUCAAAGCGUCAAACUGAAGGAAACUCUAAUAUUGGUGAAUUCAUUCUAAAUGCUUCAUUGAACCUGUUUCUGCUCGCCACCCGGCUAUACAUUCUUUUAUCUGAAGAGUUUGGAAGCAGAGUGGUCUGACCCUCUCUCUGCAGUUUUUGGGUUCAAAGUUUCUUGUUUUCCAGAAUGGUCUCACGUUCCUCUGUAACGCUGUAUUUGGGUUGUGGUUUCGAGCACUCUGCCACUAAAAUCUAGACCAUAAAAUAUUAGAGAAAUGAUAUAAAAUUCAGUUCAGAUUUCAGACACGUAAAAUGCAUAAAAAAACCCAAUUUUUCAUCCACAUUUUUUUUGGCUAAAGUCAUUCACUUCCACAUUUGUUUACUAUAAAUC